AUGGCACCUAAACGACAGGAACAUACUGGUAAACCAUGUUUUGUUUUGUUCAUGCUGAUUGCUAUGCUCUACUUCGCUGCUCCUGAAAACAUUGAUAUCUGCAGAGACUGCUCAUGUUUUGGUGCAUUACAACACGUAUCCUGCAAAGGGGUGUUCCGGGUAGGGGCUCAGCUAAAACACACUUUUGAAGAUGUAGCCUUCCGUGGCCUCGAUCUUAAUGUACCACAUUCGAAAUUAUCACCUGAUCUUUUCCAGAAUCGGACAGGCAUCAUCUAUCUCGAUUUAAGGGAAAACGGUUUCAAGUUUAUCGAUGAUUGGCUGUUUACGAUCCUCCGCCAGGUGAAAUACCUUACUCUAUCCCACAAUGCCCUCACAGCCAUUCCCGUGUUUCACAAUCUCACGUCACUACAACAACUCUACUUGAGGUUCAACAAUAUUCGCAGCAUUGGUAGUAACCUGAAGGCCCAUGCUCCAAAACUCAAUGGGCUCAUGCUGGAUCACAACAAGAUCACAUUUAUCCAAGGCGAUCAGUUUCCAGAGAAACUACAAACCCUCGGCCUGAGCUUUAACAGAAUUACGUCCAUCGACAGGGGCUCACUCUCGGGUCUCCUGCAGUUAAAGAGAGUAGAUCAUACAAGUAACCUGAUCUCGCAGAUAUCGAGCGGUUCUUUCUUGUUGCCUGGUUUAGAAACUGUGAUCCUAAAUGAGAACAGGAUCCGUGAAAUCUUCAGGGAUGCCUUCAAUCCAGAGCUUGACAACAUAUAUCUCAACAACAACAUACUUUCUGAACUUGGUAACAUCAGCGGCAUCCCUUCAUUAAAAGGUUUGUUUGUCUCGUAUCAGAGUGAGGUCAUCAAACUGCAGGAAAUCCCACUUCUCGAAAAUCUCACAGAACUGACAAUUACUGUGGAAAGUUCUCCCGAUCUUGCCGAUGGGAUAGCUAGAACACUGACCAAGAUCUUGGAUGUCUCUGGCAAUCUGUUGGAAGAACUUAAACUGAAGGACUUAACCAAGCUAUAUCCUAUGUUAUAUACCCUUGAUCUCUCAAACAAUCGCAUCAGGGUUCUCUCCAGUUGCGAUGUGAGCGGCGUAUCACAUCCUCUGAAGAUCCUCAAAGGCAACAACCUUUGGUUGUUCUCUGCCUGGAGGUGUGGAAAUGGUUACAAGAUCCUGACAAAUCUCUUAACACUGAACCUGGAUGACAACAGGCUAUCAUAUUUGGAACGUGAAAUCAUCCCUAGGUCCUCCUCCGAUCAAGCGCCUUUCAGGACAUUCGUAAGUGCGGGAGACAGCACACUAAUCUGUGACUGCCACCAGCGUUGGUUAGUGAAAGUGGAGGACAGUAUCAGCUUUGUUAAUACCAAGUGCUCUGCACCAGAGGGACAUGCUGGCAAACGUCUGUCGGACCUACUGAAAGAUGGUUUCCCUUGUCCGUUGUCUGUGUCGGAAGAGCAAGCCUGUGCAAUAUCGAACACCUCGGAGAUUUUAGUUCAGUGUCCCGCUGCAUCUUAUCCGAGACUCUGUCAGUGGACCAUUCGAUGGCGGAUAUAG